UACCCAUAUAAUUCCCACUCAUUAUCUUUUUGGCUUAAAGUUUGCCCUCUUCCUUAUCCUCUCUCUAACAUCAAUUCUCAAGGGAAUUCCAGGAAACCAAACAAAAGAGAGAAACCAUUAAAGGGUCUCUCUUAGGCUUAGAGGAGAGAAAGAGAGAGAGAGAGAGAGAAAGAGUUUCCUUCUCUCUACCCUUCUGUUACAAGGAGACCCACCAACAGAUUAAACUAAAACCCUCACUCCUUCCUCUAAAAAUACAGCAGAAAACAAAAAAGCCAUUGGAGAAACAGCAUAUUUUCAUGCCAUCAUGGAAGGAGGUGAUGAUCAGCUCCACCACCACCACCACCACCAUCACCAUCGCCCUAACUUCCCAUUCCAGUUACUUGAAAAGAAAGAAGACGAGCCUUGCUCCUCCUCCUCUCCUUACCCUUCUUCUCUUCCCAUCUCCACUGCUGAACCAAACAACAACAAUAAUAACACCAAUAGUAGCCUAAACCGUUCCGCUUCCAGUCUCCAAAUUGUCCCAGAACCCUCCAAGAAACCCCCUCCUAAACGAACAUCGACUAAAGAUCGACACACGAAGGUCGAUGGACGUGGCCGCAGAAUUCGCAUGCCCGCUCUGUGCGCUGCUAGGGUUUUCCAGCUAACUCGUGAGCUGGGUCACAAAUCCGAUGGUGAAACCAUCGAGUGGUUACUUCAACAAGCAGAACCAGCAGUGAUCGCCGCCACAGGCACCGGCACAAUCCCUGCGAAUUUUACGUCCCUUAACAUAUCUCUACGUAGCUCAGGUUCCAGUAUGUCAGUCCCUUCUCAGUUAAGAUCGGCUAGCUUUAAUCCAAACUUUUCGAUGCAACAACGCAGAAGUUUGUUUCCUGGAAUUGGUCUAGAAACCUCACCAACACCAACGUUUCUUAAUUUCCAGUCUAGCAAUUUGAAUGCGGUACUCCAAGCAAAGCAAGAACUGCGCGAUAGUUCUUCCCUGGAGUUGUCGACGGAGACAGAAGAGAGCUUGAGCAGGAAAAGAAGGCCAGAGCAAGAUUUAUCAUCGCAACAGCAUCAGAUGGGUAGCUACUUGUUGCAAUCCAGCACAGGGGCAAUUCCAGCUAGCCAUACUCAGAUUCCGGCAAAUUUUUGGAUGCUUGCAAAUCCUAAUAAUCAAGUUAUGAGUGGAGACCCUAUAUGGACAUUUCCAUCAGUUAAUAAUAGUGCUUUGUACAGAGGCACUACUUCUAGUGGGUUGCAUUUUAUGAAUUUUCCUGCCCCUGUGGCCUUGUUACCGAGCCAGCAAUUGGGGUCUAGUAGCAUUGGCGGUGGUGGUAGUGGCGGUAACAGUGGGAUCAACGAAGGCCAUUUGAAUAUGCUUGCUGGACUAAAUCCAUAUCGCCCUCCCGGUAUGUCGGAAUCACAGGCAAGUGGGUCACACUCACACCACUGCGGUGGUGGUGGCGGCGGCAACGGGGAUGAUCGUCACGACACAACAAGUCAUAAUUCAUAGAGCAUCAUGAUAAUGAUCACAUCAUUCCCCACCUGUGUAGUUUGAUUUGUAACACACGUGAGGUUUGAUCGUUCUUGAAUUUGAGAUUUGUUUUUUUUCUUCUUGGUUAAUUAUUCCAAAAUUUUUUGUGUGAUUAAUAUGGGGUUUUAGGGUUUGCUCGAGGGAUGACAAUAUUAUUUAACAUGGGUAUUGGCUGGUUUUUUUUAUAAAAAAUUCUCAUUUGGUUUUUUUUUUUGAUAA